AUGAAGAAGGAAACUGCAGUGCACGAAGCAAGCGCUGGGGGCUCCGGCUCCGGCGCAGACUCCUCGAGUGGCGCGGGUAAACGUUCGCGUGGGUCGGUGGAACGGUUCGAGGCAGGGCCCGCAAGCGGCAAGGCGGCUGGCUCGGGUAGUGGCUCGGGCAGCGGCUCCGGGAAGCGCAAGAAGUCGGGCUCGUCCGACGACUACUACCAGAUCAUCGACGGCGUCAAGUACGACCGCGCCUUGCUCGAGAUGGCGGAGGAGCUCUCGAGCGGCGGCAAGCUCGACGCGGCGGCGGUCGAGCAGCUGCUCGGGGCCAUGCAGGACGCCGGCAAGGUGACCCCGACCGAGCUCGCGACGCUGCAGUACAUCGCCGAGUCGUACAAGCUCGACAAGAAGGCGCAGGCCGCGAUGGACAAGGGGCUGGCGGCGGCGGGCGGCGCAAAAAGCCGCUCCCUCGGCGGCAACGGCUCGGGCAGCGGCUCCGGGAAGCGCAAGAAGUCGGGCUCGUCCGACGACUACUACCAGAUCAUCGACGGCGUCAAGUACGACCGCGCCUUGCUCGAGAUGGCGGAGGAGCUCUCGAGCGGCGGCAAGCUCGACGCGGCGGCGGUCGAGCAGCUGCUCGAGGCCAUGCAGGACGCCGGCAAGGUGACCCCGACCGAGCUCGCGACGCUGCAGUACAUCGCCGAGUCGUACAAGCUCGACAAGAAGGCGCAGGCCGCGAUGGACAAGGGGCUGGCGGCGGCGGGCGGCGCAAAAAGCCGCUCCCUCGGCCAGGACCCGAUCACUGUUAUCGAUGGAGUGGAGUACGAUGCCGGCAUCCUCGCUCUCGCGGAGGAGCUCGCGGCCGCCAACGGCGGGACCCUCACCAUGGCGGACGUGCAACGGCUUUGGCGGGAGAGGACGCUCGAUUUCGGCGAUGUGACGGCUGUCGAGAUGCGGACGCUCAGCUAUGUCGUCGAUCAUUUCAAGAUGGACAAGAAGGCGUCUGAGUUCUUGGUCAAGGAAGUGCAGGCCUGGAAUGCCACUCACCUGGGAGGAGCAGGCAACGUGCACGUCACCAAGGAGGGAGCCGUCGCAGCUAUGGCGGCGCAGGCCGCACUCGAUGCGGGUCUGUCGCCAGAAGCAGCACGGGCGGCGGGCGAGGCGGCUGCGCUUGCAGUGAGUCUCGGCCGGACGCAGGCAGAGGCGCUCAAGGAGGGCGCCGCUGCGGCAAAGGCAGCGCAGGCGGCACUCGACGCAGGGCUUUCGACGGACGCAGCGCUUGUUGCCGGUGAGUUGGCCGCCAAGGCGGUCAGCGAGGGGGCGACUUUGCCAGAAGCGAUGAAGGAGGCGUCGGCUGGUGGCAAGGCCGCGCAGGCCGCGCUUGACGCUGGCCUCUCGACCGAUGCCGCGCAGAUCGCUGGGUCCGAGGCGGCAAAGGCCAUUCACGAUGGCAAGUCGGCCGCUGACGCGGCCAAAGUGGGGAUUGCCGCCGGCAAAGCAGCGCAGGUUGCGCUCGACGCGGGCCUCUCAAAGCAGGCGGCGCAAGUGGCCGGCAUGGCGGCGGCCAAAGCGGUGGGCGAGGGACGCUCACCAGCCCAGGCGGCCAAGGAGGGACUGGUUGCAGGACAGGCAAUGCAGGCCGCCCUGGACAGUGGCGCAUCUACGGAGGCCGCAAGCGUGGCUGGCUUGAUGGCGGCCAAGGCGGUGAGCGAGGGCAAGACGCCGGCCCAAGCGCUCAAGGAGGGAGCUGCCGCUGCCAAGGCUGCGCAGAAGCUCAUCGACGCUUUUGUCAAGGAGGGCUUGUCGCCGGAGGAUGCCGCUGAGGCUGCGUCCGCGAUGCUUGCUGCCGGACCGCCCCAGCCCGACAUUGCCGCGGUGGCCGACCUGAUCGAGGGCGGCUUGGAUCCAGAGGAGGCCAUUGCCCAGGCGCACAACAUCGCCAAGAACAAGGAGAACGCGGCGGCUGCGAGGGGCCUUGCGGCUUCGGAGGAGGAGGCGGCGAAGAAGGCGGCGGCGGCCGCCGCCGCGGCCGACAAGAAGGCCAAGGCUCAGCAGGCCGAGCUCGCCAAGGCGGAGGCUGCGGCCGACAAGGAGCGCGCCGCAGCAGACGCGGCGGCAAAGAAGGCGGCGGCAGCAAAGGCCGCCGCCGACAAGAAGGGGAAGGACCAGGCGGCGGCUGAGUCCAAGGCGGAGGCUGCGGCGAAGAAGGUGAAGGACCUCGCUGACAAGGCUGCUGCAAAGAAGAAGGCGGCGGACCAGACCGCGGCCGAGAAGGCGGCCGAGGAGAAGGCGGCCAAGGCGGCCAAGGAUGACGCAGCAGCGAAGAAGAAGGGCGCUGCCGACGCUGCCGCGGCGACAAAGAAGGCAGCGGCUGACGCGGCCGCGGCUGACAAGAAGGCCAAGGAUCAGGCGGCGGCCGCCGCCAAAGCCGAGGCUGCUGCGGCGAAGGAGCGGGCGUUGGCGGACAAGCAGGCGAAGGACGCGGCCGCUGCCAAGGCUGCAGCGGCGAAGCAAGAGAAGGAGCUGUCGAGCGAGCAGACCAAGGCCGAGGCAGCGGCCGCAAAGGCACGCGAGGCGGAGAAGGAGGCGAGGGACGCCAAGAAGGCAGCCGACCAAGCCGCGGCCGCGACCAAAUCGAAGGAGAAGGAUGCGGCCAAGGCCAAGGCGGACGCGGACGCAGCGAUGGAGCGCGCGACGAAGGCGGCGAAGGUGGCAGAGGCAGCGGCUAAGGCAGCAGCCGAGGCAGAGAAGAAGGCAAAAGAGGCGGCAGCGGACAAGUCGGCGGCGGACAAGGCGGCCGCGCAAGAGGGCAAGUCGGCCGACGCCGCGGCGCGCAAGGCUGCCGCAGAGAAGGCGGCAGCGGAGAAGCGGAUGAGGGACCAAGGCGUCACAAAGGCCAAGGCCGAGGCAGCUGAGACAAAGGAGCUCGCAGCAUCUGAGAAGGCCGCUGCCAAGAAGGCCGCUGCAGACGCGGCGGCGGCAGAAAAGGCCGCGGAGGAGCAGGCGGCCGCGCAGGCCAAGGCGGACGCGGCAGCGGCCAAGAAGGUGGCGGCGGCCGCUGCCGCCGCGGCCAAGAGGGCGACGGCCGACGCAGCUGCGGCGGAGAAGCUCGCAAAGGACCAGGCGGCAGAGCAGGCCAAGGCGGAGAAAGUCGCUGCCAAGGAGAAGGAGGCAAGCGCUGCGGCGGCAAAGAAGGUCGCAGCCGAGAAGGCCAUCGCGGAAAAGAAGGCGAAAGAGCAGGCGGCGGCUAACGCCAAGGCGGAAGCCGCGGCGAACAAAGAGCGUGCGGCUAAGGAGGCGGCAGCGGAGAAGACGCUGGCGGCGGACAAGCUCGCCGCAGAGAAGGCGGCGAAAGACAAGGCUGCAGCCAAGGCCAAGGCGGAUGCGGACGCCAAGAAGAAGGACGCGGAUGCGGAGGCGACGGCAGCCAAGAAGGCGGCGGCGGCGGCGGCGGCGGCAGACAAGGACGCAAAGGACAAGGCGGCGGAGCAAGCAAAGGCGGAGGCCGCGGCAAACAAGGCCCGGGCUGCAGCGGAGGCGGCCGCAAAGAAGGCGGCGGCGGAGAGGGCGGCGGCGGACAAGCAGGCCAAGGAGCAGGCUGCCGCCAAGGCCAAGGCGGACGCCGCAACAGAGAAGGAAAAGGUCGCGGCCAAGGACGCGAUCGACAAGGCGGCGGCGGCUCAGAAGGCAGCGCUAGAGAAGCAAGCCUCGGACGAGAAGGCGAAAGCGGCAAAGGCGGAGGCGGACAAGGCCAAGAGCGGCGCUGCAAGCGAGAAGGCGGCGGCGGCAAAGGCGGCGGCUGAUGCGGCGGCGGCGGAGAAGCUCGCAAAGGAGCAAGCGUCGGAGGUGGCCAAGGCCGAGAAGGCGGCGGCAAAAGAGAGGGGCGCAGCUGAAGCUGCUGCGAAGAAGGCAGCGGCGGAGAAGGCUGCGGCCGAUCGGCAGGCCAAGGAGAAGGCGCAGGCAGACGCCAUGGCAGCCGCGGCAGUCAAGAAGGAGAAGGACGCGGCGGACAAGGCGGCUGCCAAAAGGGCGGCGGCGGACAGGGCGGCGGCCGACCUCAGCGGCGCGGAGAAGCUCGUGAGGCAGGCGAGCGAUGAGACGGAAAAGGCGAAGAAGCAGGCGGAUGCCGAGGCGGCGGCAGCCAGAAAGGCCAUGGAGGGUGGCAUGGCCGCGGAGAAGGAGGCCAAGGCGGCCGCCGCCGCCAAAGCCAAAGCGGAGGCGGCGGCUGCGAAGGCGGCGGCAGCGGCCGAGGCGGCGGCCAAGAAGGCGGCUACAGAGAAGGCUGCCGCGGACAAGCAGGCAAAAGACGCCGCCGCUGCCAAGGCCAAGGCCGACGAGGCCUCAUCAAAGGCGCAGAAGGCCGACAAGGAGGCCGCCGCCGCACGAGCGGCGGCCGACAAGGCUGCAACUGACGCCAAGCAAAAGGAGGCAGCGGCCGAAAAGGCCAAGAAGCUCGCCGACGCCGCGCAGGACAAGGCAGACGCCGCAGCCGACGCGGCGACCAAAGCGGCCAAGGCCGCAUCAGACGCGGAGAAGGCUGCCAAGGCAGCAGCGACGGCGGCCGAUAAGGCGGCUGCGGCAGCGGAGAAAGCAGGGGAUUCCGCGGAGGCGGCCGCCAAGAAGGCUGCAGCGGACAAGGCGUCUGCAGAUGCGAAGGCAAAGCAGCAAGCUGCCGCGAAGGCUGCAGCCGACGCCGCGGACGCUAAAGAUAAGGCCGCGGCCGACAAGGCCGCCGCCAAGAAGGCUGCUGCGGAUGCGGCGGCAGCCGAAAAGGCAGCGCAGGAGCAGGCAGCUGCAGCAGCCAAGGCGGAGGCAGCAGCGAUAAAGGCCGAGGCCGCGGCGACGGCGGCAGCUGCCAAGAAGACGGCGGCGGAUGCGGCCGCUGCCGACAAGCUCGCAAAGGACCAAAGCUCGGCGCACGGCAAGGCCGCGGACGCAGCAGGCAAGUGGCGCGACUCAGCCUCGGCAGCACUCAAGCAGGCGGCUGCCGAAAGGGAGGCGGCGGACAGGAAAUCUGCGUCACACGCCGCCGCCAAGCGCAAGGCCGACGCGGCCGAGCUAGCCGAACGCGAAGCUUACGAGACUGCGCAGUCGAUGAAGGGCGCGCCGUCGCCGCGCAAGAGGCAACGCUCGGUUAGCUUUGGGCAGAGCAGCGCCGAGAUGGCAGCGGAGAUUGCGGUGCGCGCGGCCCAGUCGGCGGCAGACAAGAUGUCGGCGGAAGAGAAGGCCGCAGCAGAUCGCCUCGGCCACGACGCGUCGAAGAGGACGCUCAGCGCGAUGGACGAUGACCUCUUGCGCGCAUUGAGCCGGCAGGAGUCCUCCUCCGGCGGUGGCGGCUCGUCCGGCGAUUACUACCAGAUCAUCGACGGCGUCAAGUACGACCGCGCCUUGCUCGAGAUGGCGGAGGAGCUCUCGAGCGGCGGCAAGCUCGACGCGGCGGCGGUCGAGCAGCUGCUCGAGGCCAUGCAGGACGCCGGCAAGGUGACCCCGACCGAGCUCGCGACGCUGCAGUACAUCGCCGAGUCGUACAAGCUCGACAAGAAGGCGCAGGCCGCGAUGGACAAGGGGCUGGCGGCGGCGGGCGGCGCAAAAAGCCGCUCCCUCGGCGGCAGCGGCUCGGGCAGCGGCUCCGGGAAGCGCAAGAAGUCGGGCUCGUCCGACGACUACUACCAGAUCAUCGACGGCGUCAAGUACGACCGCGCCGUGCUCGAGAUGGCGGAGGAGCUCUCGAGCGGCGGCAAGCUCGACGCGGCGGCGGCGCAGCGCCUUUGGGAGUCGCGGGUCGCUGACGGUCGCGGAGUGACGGAAACGGAGCUAGAGACCCUCCGCUACAUCAUGGAGACGUACAAGCUCGACAAGAAGGCGCAGGCAUACCUUCAGUCGGCCGCGAGCGGCUCGUCGUCGAGCGGCUCAUCGUCGAAGCGCAGCCUGUCUGACACCGACCUCGGCUCUGGAGGCGCGUCUUCCAAACGAGGCCGGUCGGGCGGCAAGAGCUACUACCAGCAAAUCGACGGGGUGAACUACGACCGCGAGCUGCUCGAGAUGGCGGAGAAGCUGUCCAAGAGCAACGGUGGCAAGCUCGACUUGGCGGCCGCCCAGAAGCUUUGCCAAGAGGCGUGCGAGGAUGGACGUGGCGUGACGGACUGCGAGAAGCGCACGCUGCAGUACAUUGCGCAAACACACAAGCUGAACCCGGCAGCCACGACCUUCAUGGAGAUGGAGUUCGAGCUCUCGGCUUAG